AUGGGUUGUGUUUCAUGCGUAUUAUUAAUAAUUCUUGCUUUUAUUUUCCCACCUUUAGCUGUAUUAAUUAAAGCAGAUUGUGGAUUCAGUCUCUGUUUGAAUAUCAUCUUGACUUUAAUAUGUUGGAUCCCAGGUGUGAUUCAUGCUAUUUACGUUGUCAUAACAGAUUAA